AUGAGUCGCUACGCUGCUCGCAUACUCACCGAAACGGCUGCUGCCAAGUCUGUGGUCAACGCUGCGCUACCGCAAAGAUCGCUUUUCUCGACCGUCUCAAAGUCAAAUCCCACUUCUGCGAUUCGUCCAUCCUCGCACAAGCCUUUGCGACAGCAGGCUGCAUCAGUCGCUGGGCCAUCGCAUCUUGCCCUCGGACAGGGGACAGGCGCCAGGUCAUUUUCUGCUAGUACUGCCCGGCAGCAUGGCGAUCUCGUCCGACCGAAGCCUGGAACAGGGAUCAAGGUGACAUUCCGGGAUCACAAAGGGAACGAUAUCAAGACGAUCGAGGGGAAUGAGGGGGAUGAUCUGUUGAGUCUGGCGCACGAGUGGGAUGUGGACCUUGAGGGAGCAUGCGAGAAGUCGCUAGCCUGCUCGACAUGCCACGUCGUGCUCGAUCCCGAGAUAUACGACAAGCUGCCCGAGCCGGAGGAUGAGGAGAACGACAUGCUGGAUCUGGCAUUUGGGCUGGAAGAUACCUCCCGACUAGGAUGUCAAGUCUUGCUGACCAAGGAUCUCGACGGGAUGAUUGCCAAGCUUCCGUCGGCUACGCGGAAUAUGUAUGUGGACGGCGCGAAGGCGAGGACUCAUUGA